AUGGAUAACUAUUCUGCUUUGUUCUUCAAUGACUCUUGUAUGGGGCUUCUUCUGUACCCAUGUGCCAACAUCUCAGAUGAACCGAAUGAGCCCCUCAAACCUCCCCAGCUGGUGGAUGCCUGGCUUGUACCCCUCUUCUUUGCAAUGCUCAUGGUAGUGGGACUUAUUGGAAAUUCUUUGGUUAUUUAUGUUAUUUACAAACACAAGCAAAUGAGGACAGUGACUAACUUUUAUAUAGCUAACCUGGCCACCACUGAUAUAAUAUUUUUGGUGUGUUGUGUACCUAUCACUGCUGCUUUAUAUUCUCUUCCUGGGUGGAUAUUCGGGGAAUUCAUGUGCAAGUUUGUUAACUAUAUCCAACAGGUGUCCGUGCAAGCUACCUGUGUGACCUUGACGGCUAUGAGUGUAGAUCGCUGGUACGUGACUGUGUUUCCACUGCGCUCUUUGCGUCAAAGGACUCCACGUGUGGCCACAGCUGUAAGCCUAGGAAUAUGGAUGGGUUCCUUUAUUGUAUCUAUCCCAGUCCUCAUUUAUAAUAAGCUGAUUGAAGGCUAUUGGUUUGGGCCGCAGAUGUACUGCAUUGAAGCUUUUCCAUCUGUUUCCCAUGAAAAGGCUUUUAUCCUUUAUAACUUUUUUGUGGUUUACCUGCUCCCGUUGGUCACCAUUUGUAUCUGUUACUCUGCCAUGGUCUACCAGAUGGGACGGCCUUCUGUGGAGCCGGCUGAUAACAGCUACCAGAUACAGCUUCUGGCUGAGCGUUCUGAGGUUAUGCGCACUAAAAUUUCACGCAUGGUGGCCGUCAUUGUGUUGCUUUUCACCGUUUGUUGGGGUCCUAUCCAGCUCUACAUCCUGUUUCAAGCCUUUAGUCCGACCUUCAAACGGGACUAUUACACAUACAAAGUAAAGAUAUGGGCCCACUGCAUGUCCUACACUAAUUCAUCUAUUAAUCCAAUUGUCUAUGCUUUUAUGGGUGCCAACUUCCGCAAAGCAUUUAACAAAGUCUUUCCAUUUCUCUUCAAGCAACGAGUGGGCAGCACUGGUGUGGCUAAUGCUAAUGCCAACACUGAAAUGCAUUUUGUCUCUUCUGGUACUUAG